UCUUCCGGGUUGUGAUCGCGGCGUGUUGCUGAACAACAUGUGAGUUUGGACGAAGGAGACGAAGAUUAAAUGUAAGAAAACUCUCUAUGUUUAAUAUUGAAAAUAACGACCCAAGGUAUAUUUAAUCAGUACUCUUUCCCUCUAUUGCAAAACAAUUGAUUUGUCUACUGGAAAACUUGUUUUGUGUUUGCCAUGAGAGUUAAAUGCUGCUGGUUGUUGGUUUACUCUCAUACAUUUGAAAUAGUGGUGGUCUGUUUGUAAAGUAAAGCUGCUAUUUUUUAGACUACACAUCGUCUGCAUUUAAGAUUCAUGGAUCUGCUAAAUCUGAAAUGUUAUACCAUUUAACUCACAUCUCAAAUGGACCAACGAUCAAACUGUGUCUAACACUUUACUGCAUCCAUUCAUCACUAAACAUAAGAAGACUUGUAGUUUCACGAGCAGGAUAACAGGCUUUUAAAUAAUCUGUGACACUGGGUUUCAGAGAGGUCUGACUGAACAACGAACAUGGCAACAGUGGAGGAGGACUUCCCCCGAGGAGGGACAGCAAAGAAGUCCAGCGAGAGUAAAAUCGUGGUGCAGCGAGCAGAAGUGGACAACUUAUUCCAGGUUCUUCCCUCUUUUAUCCUCUGUCCUUAUGUUACUGUCAUUUCCAUCACACACAUUCUGUCAUUUGACUCAAAUGCACUGAUAAAGUAGGAGCUGCAUCAGCUUCUCUUAAUUUUAUCUUGAACACUAUGGAUGGGACAAAACACUGACAAUAAAUCAUCAUUUUGACUUAUGAUAAAUGUCCUUUAAACUUAAAGGACAUUUGAUUAUGUGUUAAAAGGAGACUAUUAAAAAUGUGUGUCUUCUGUCUUGCAGUCAACUGAAAAAGCAGAAACUAAGAAAAGAAAGGGAGCUGUGAAAGAUGAUGGAAAGAAGCUAAAAAAGAAAAAGACAGACCAAACGAAAGAUGAUGGUCUGACACUGAAUGCAGCAGCCAAAUGUGUGGAAAUUCUUCAUAUCAAGGUAAUACAGUUUUCACAGUCCAGAGCUGGUGUGUAGCUCACUCAGUCUUAUUUUCUAGUUCAGUGUUAUUUGGAACAGCAUUGGACAUUGUGUCUUAUUUUGGAUUUCACAGAAUGUGAAGGAGGGGAUGCUGAUGCUGGGCUGUGUCAAGGAAGUUACAGACUUUGAGGUGUCUGUGAGCCUUCCUUGUGGCCUGCAAGGCUUUCUCAGCAUCAACAGCAUCUGUGACUCAUAUGCCAAGAUGCUCAGUGAGCAACUGGACUCAGCUGACACUGAGGUAGGCUUCUGAAAUACUCGUCAUGUUUGUGUUGGGGUUGCUUUCCACAGAUUUCCACAUGUUUUGAAAAUAGUUGUAAUUUUCUCAGUUUGGUUCUGCGGGGCCUGGGACUAAGAUACUUGCCUACGUUUGAUAAAAUUUCAUUUAUCCAGUUCUUUGAUUUCAUCAUGUCACAGAAUAGUUUGUGUUGUGUUCAAGUUAAAUCUUGUUUUCUUACUUUACAGGAUAUCUGCUCUCUGCCUCACCUCUUCUACCCCGGCAUGGUGAUCCGGUGUGUUGUCGCCAAGUUGGAUUUAGCCAAAGGAGGGUCUCUCAGCAUCAGGUUAUCAGUCAAUCCAAAGCUGGUCAACAAGGCGCUCUCUUCAGACUCUCUGAAAGUUGGCAUGGUAAGUCAUCAGUGAGUUUCAUACAUUAUUCUGGCUUCAAAUUGCAUUUUGUGCGAUGGGUAACUGUUGUGAUUUUGUUGCGACUCAGAUCUUGAGCGGAUGUGUGGACAGUGUGGAGGAUCAUGGCUACUUAGUUGACCUUGGCAUCAGUGGAACUAAAGGCUUCCUGCCCAAGACUAACGUAAAAGACAUUCAAAACAAACCAGUUGGUAUGAAAAGUAUUUUUGUUUUCCUUCAUGUAUCUGAAACUACAUGCAUUUGUAUGUCAUUUGUGUGAAACCUGUGAAAUCAUUGGUGGGUUGCAGUGAUUUGUCAGUGUGUCUUUCAAGCAUGUGUGUGCUUCUGUGUUCCCAGAGCUCAAAGUGGGUCAGUAUGUGACUCCUCAGGUGGAGGAGGUGAAGAAUCAAGGCCGUGUGGUCCGCCUUUCUGUCGGCCCCCUGAGUUUUGCACAGGCCUGUACUGAAUCUGCGCACGCCUGGACCCUCACUAACCUCCUGCCUGGUCUGCUCAUGAAAGCUACGAUCAAAAAGGUCGAGUCAACAAUCAUGAAAAUAUGAGAUUAGAUUUUCGUAAAGAUUUGUGAUGCACUCUGUUUCUAUAGUUAAUAAUCUACUCUUCAAGCUAAUCUUUGUCAUGUUUUGAUAGUCUACAUGCUGAUCUUGCAGGUAACCAAACAUGGUCUGCUCUUGGACUUCCUGUCCUCCUUCAACGGCCAAGUGGACUUCCUUCACAUGGAUCCUACCCAGGCAUACACAGAGGGCACUGAGGUAGACUUUGUGUGCCAUUUUGGCUUAACCAAGAUAGUGAGAAAUGUUGUCAGUUUUCUGAUCUUCUGGAGUUCUUUAAAAAUCCACUCAGGUGCAAGCCUGCGUGCUGUAUGUGGAGCCGUCCGCUCGCCUGGUGGGCCUGAGCCUACGCAGCUACCUCCUUCAGCCUGGGACCACAGUCGAACCCUUCCACGCUGGAGGAGAUCGUAUUGGUGAGGUGGUGAAGGACUGCAAGAUGUCCAGCAUGCACCACAUGUCUGGGGCCAUGCUGAAAUUUCCUGAUAAAACACCAGCCUUUGUACAUGUGAGUGAGGAGACACUCUAAACAUUGAAACCUACUGUGACAUUUAGUAGAUUAGAUGCUCUCUUUGAACGUUCUUCAUAUUUAACAUUAUUACAUACUUUACACUUUACCUGACAGAGGAAUCACCUGAAGGAGCCGAACGUCUCAGCCAAUGAGAACAGAGUGAUGGCCAUGUCAGGGCACACCUGCAGGAUUCUGGACUACAGCCUCAUAGACCAAAUUCAUUUUGCCAGUCUGCGCAAGUAUGUAGCAGCUCUUUAUUUCAUUCCAUAACAUACACAAACUUUACUGUUUUAACUUAAUCCACCAUCAUCUUUGUCUCUAUUUCAGGAGUAUAAUUUCAAAGCCAUUUUUUAGAUACCACGAUCUUCAGGCUGGCCAGGUCGUAGAGGUGAGAAACUUUCUACAUACCUGAGUUCUUUUUUAAACACAAGGCAAAAAUAAGAUCAGAAAUACUGCGUAAAAACAUAAUCUUUAUAGCAAAUCUGUAUAAUAAGUAGUACUUUUUUGAUACACUUAUGGAUAAGUUUAUAAGCUAGGUUCUUGUUAUGUAUUGCUCUUUUAAUAUGAACAGCAGGUACACUGGCUGAACUCGAAAUAAUCUGUGUACCAGCACACCAGAAACUCUUUUAAAUCUAUAAAACAUGUCAAGUUUCUAUGCUGUGGUAUGCAAUGGACAGUUUCUCAGCCAAGUAUCACUCUUGCCUGAAAUAUCAUGACUUUUGUUCACUGAAAUAAAAAAGAAUUUAACUUCAUGGUUUGGGUUUAUUUCUGCCAAAUUCAAAUAGCUAAAUAAAAGCAAAAGAGAUGGUAGAAAUGUUGAUGAAAUCGAAUUUGUUCUUGUGUCCCUCCCUCAUAGGGGACAGUGUCAGUCCUGCUAAAUCAUGGCAUGAUGGUGCAUGUGUCAGACCACAUUAAAGGACUUGUACCUCGGAAUCACCUGUCUGAUAUUGUCCUCAAGAACCCUGAGAAGAAGUUCACCGAGGGCAUGAAGGUCAAAUGUCGGGUCAGUCAAGUUUCUGUUUUAAGGAGGAUUUGAAGAAUAGUAGCUGAAACAAGUCUAAAAUGUCAAAUUCUCAGUCUAAUGUUUUUUCCUUCUCUUUUUCGUUGAUUAUACCUUCAGGUGUUGUCAGUGGAUCCUCAGAAUAGGAAGCUGUACCUAACCAAAAAGAAGGCCCUGGUUGACAGCUCCCUACCAUUGUUCUUCAGCUAUGAAGAUGCGCGUCCUGGUCGUGUGUCGCAUGGACACAUUGUCUGUAUUAAAGACUUUGGCUGCAUCGUUCGCUUCUACAACAAUGUCAAGGGUCUGGUGCCAAUUAAGGAGCUCAGCUCUGAGCCCAUCAUCAGUCCUGAGGAGGUCUUCUAUGUGGGCCAGGUGAGGAAUCAGACAGAAUGGAUAUGAUGGAUUAUGUCUGGAUUAAAUGAAUGCUUUACAAUGUGUCUGCCAUUGUAAAUGAUUUACAACUCCUUUGUUAUUAGUUUAUGAAUAUAAUCAACAAAUAAAAUCUUGAUACUUAUGUUUUUUUUGGAAAUAUAUGAAGCAUAUUCUUUUGUUUUUGUUGCUCUUCUAGGUGGUAAAGACUAAAGUUCUUCAGUGUAACCCCGACAUGGCAAAGAUGAUUCUGUCAUUUAAGGCUGCAGUGGAGGGAGAAACAGAGGGAGCUGAUAAACCUCAGUUUGACUGUGAAGUCGGGCAGGUAAGAUUCCUCAUUUUCUUUUUUUCUCAUAUUUCUUUUCAUCGAAUUUAGAUUCUCAAAUGUAUAUUCAUAAAAAUUCAUUUGUCCCUGCCACCAUCAGACUCCUCAAUGUAGCAUGUUUUUAAUUAUGUGAUUAUAGUGUGACUGUGUUUUGCUCUGUUUUCUUUUAUUUGUGUUUUGCUCCUUGGGAAUAAUAGAGUUUACCUUACCUUAUUUUGUGUGGUUUAGAGGCUGGAGGCCAGGAUACUGAAAAAAACCCUAAAUGGUCUUGAGGUGGCAAUCCUUCCUGAUGAGAUCCGUACGUUGCUGCCUACAGUGCACCUUUCUGAUCACGUUUCCAACUGCCCUCUGCUGUGGGAGACCCUCAAAGAGGGCGACAACAUCUCCAACCUCAUCUGCUGCAACAAAAACAAGCAGAAUAUUGUAUCCUUUUGUUGAAAUCUGUGACCGUGAUCAGAGCUAAGAAGUACCAGUUUAACAGGCAUUAGGUGCGAGCUGGAGUUGAAUUCCCAGUAACUUUUCAGAUCUGAACUACAAUAAACAGCAGGCGAUAUGAUGCUCUUUUCCUGAGCUGCUCCUCUAUCAUAGACUCUCACCAAGAAACCAACAGUCAGGUGGUCCCUGGAGGAAGGAGUGGUUGCCAGAGACUUCUCUGAAAUCACAGUGGGAAUGCAGCUAAUUGGCUGGAUUAAGAACAUGAUGUCCUAUGGCGUCUUUGUGGAGUUUCCAUACGGCCUUGUUGGUCUUGCACCCAAGUCUGUGAGUAAAAUGAUUGAAGUUGCUCCUUCUGCCUCAAUUCUACUCUUAAAGUUGUUCACUUUUAGCCCAUAACAUCUUCCUCUGCUCUGUCUUCCUUAGGCCAUGACCGACAAGUUCGUCAGUGAUGCCACCUCUGCUUUCCAGCUGGGCCAGACUGUGAUCGCUAAAGUUACCAACAUAGAUGAAGAAAAGCGGCGUUUCCUGGUCACACUGAAGAUUUCAGAAAUCGCGACCCCUGAGGGAGACGCCCAAACCAGACUCAUAAAUGGUCUGCAGGAGAGAAGAACUGUGGCUGAAAUGUUCGCUAUGAGAGGUACAACUGCAUCACUUUCAUCGGAUCUCUCUGUUUUGUGUUCAAGAAUCAAGAAUCUCGCUCAUACUGUAGUUUGGAUCAGCUCUGAUCUUGAGAUUCAUAGUUUCUUCAUUGAAAGUUUCUCCUCAUUGUCUAAUCUCUCUUGUGUUCAUUUGUAGAUAACAGUGACCUUCAUCAGCAGCUGGCUGCUCUGUCUGUUGGUGAAAAGGUGAAGCUGACUGUGGACACUGUGACAGACAGCAGUGCCACCUUUAAAUCAGACGAUUUGGUUGGAGCUGCGAUUACGGCCACAAAGUACCACAUCAUGGGUAUGUGCAGUCUAUGACCAUGAAUCAAGUGAAACUCAUUAAAGUCUUCAACAUUUAACUCUAACAGUAUUAAAGUUUUGGUCUUUGCUGAAACAUGUAAAUGUAUGUGUAAUACUGAUAAUAACAGGUGAUUACUGCUCUUUACAGUUUUUAUUAUUGGAAGCGGUCCUUAUAUUUUGUCCACUCCAUUAGCAAACGUGAAAGAAGGGCAAAAUAUUAGGAACACCUGUCGAUUUAAUGCACUCCAGAGCACAACUCCAACUACAACAAUUAAUACAGAGAAGAGUGAUCACUUUCUGACCAUGUGAAGAAAAAAUGAAAAAUUCAGAAGCUUCCUGAAGGUAGAAUUUGAAGGCAGGGAUGUUGUUUCCGGUUGGAUUAGAUUGCCCGGGUGUUCAUAAUGUUGUGGCUGGCCGAUAUAGCCAUUUAAAGAGAAAUUCACACAUUUUAGAGUCUUGACUUUUUGUCUUGAAUACUGUACACCACAAUUUUGGAUUCUUGAUUCCCAUGUUAGCGUCUUGCAGUAGGCUCUCACUGACUGUUUUAGAAUCCUCUCUCAACAUUUAGGUUGCUGUUUUUUCUUCACAUGGACUGUUGUUAAGUUGUCAGUGCAAACCCUGUACAUUUUUUUUUGCUAUGUUUCCAGGUGCCAACCUGACCCAGGGCCAAAAGGUUACUGCUGUCAUCCUCUAUAUUGACAUCAUGUCUUCAAGCAUCCUUGUGUCCAUUCUUCACAAGCUGGUGGCAAAGAAGAAAAGUGUGAGUUUACUGUGUUAUUACCAUUGUUUACUUUUUUGCACAGCUCCUCUGUAGCUCUUCCUCUAUGUUCAAUCUAACUGUGGCUGCCUGUGCAGCACCCAGCUUUUGAAGAAGCAGCCUAACAUCACAUAAUUUGAACACUCUGUACUGUAAUUGUUACAUAUAGCGAUUGAUCUUUGUUGUGUGUUUUCAUUUGUAUUUACAGCUGACUGAAGGAUCAACGUACACAGCGAUGGUGCAGCAUGUUGACAAAGACUUUGCCGUCAUCUCCUUGGACAAUAUGGCACAGCUGACUGUGAUCCAAGCCCGCAGCCACCUGAAUGAGAUCCAUCGGUUUGAGUCGGAGAGUCUGAAGCCAGGGAGGAGUUUGUCUGUGGAGGUCAUAGACCCCAGUUGUCAGGAGCUGCAAGGGCUCCCUCUAGUGUCAUGGAAGAACACUUCACCAAAUAGACAGCGCACAACCUCUGAGAACCAGCCAGACUCCAAAGGUUACAGGUUUGGUGAAAUUGUGGAAGGCAAAGUGAAGUUGGUGAAGCCUACUUCCAUUCAGGUCACACUCGACGAUGGAACCAAAGGCAGCGUGCACGUGUCUCAGGUCCGGGAGGUUUCAGAACUCUGUCAGGGAGCCUUCCCCACAUCCUCAGUCAAAGUGGGCAGCGUGGUCACAGCCAGGGUCAUCGGGGGACGAGAGGCCUCCAGUCACAGGUACAAACUGCAGGAAUGUCUUAUUGAGGAGGGAAGACAUUAUUAUCAUGAGUUACCUUUUUUUAAUUAUGUUGUUUUCACGCCAUUUGCCAGACUGAUCUACUGUUGAACAAUCCCAACUGUCUCAUUUCAGGUUCUUGCCCUUCUCCCAUCCCAGAUAUACAUACACCAUUCCUGAGCUCACGCUUCUGCCCAGGUAACUUAAUCAAACAGCUCCUAUAAUGGACAAAACUACCAUUAUAACCAGCAUGACAACCUGAAUAUAAAUUUUUGCAUGGGUCUGUUUUUCAUUUGUUUUUGUUUUUUUCAUUCUUCUCAGCAAACUGGACCCAAGUACAGAAAUAAAAGCAAUCAAAGUUAAAGAAAAACUGGAGAGUUAUAAGGUCGGGGAGGAAAUUCCAUGCUUCGUCUCGAAGGUAAGUUCAGGUGUAUUCUAACAAAUUUCACAGAGUACAAUUCAGCUCUAGAAUGACACUGAGUUGUUUUAUGUCCACAGUUUAAUCCAGCGAAGAAGUCUUUGGAGGUCACCACUGAUCCAUCUAUAACUGGGACAGUUGAACUGCUCGCCAUGAUCACUGAACCCAGAGUAAGUUUAAAGUUUGUGUAAUAUAUAACUGGAGCUUUUCAUUCAUACUGGAAGGGUACAUGCCGACUCAGAAAGUUGACCUUUUUAUGUUUAGGAUGGUUGCCAUCCAGAGAAACGCUACAAGCUGGGCAGUGUGGUGUACGCCAAAGUGGUUGAAGCAAGCGCCAAUCCAGUCCGCUUUGCUCUGUCACUCACAGGUAACAGCCUCCGUGUACAACUGUUUUGUUUACCGUUUUACAUCUCUAGCUCUCUUCAAAGGAAAAACCUUCAACAACUUUGACGCCGUUUUUUUUUUUUACUUUUGAAGGAGUCCAUAAACUGGAGAAAGGCAGCAUUAGUUUGGGGAUGGUGACAAACAUUCAGCCACACAUUGGCCUUCAUGUCCAACUUCCAUUUGGCGGCUUGGGGUCUGUUUGUGUCACUGAGCUGGCUGAUGCAUACAAGCCGAAUCCCCUGGACCGGUACAGCAAGGAUCAGCUGCUCAGGUCAGUUUUAAGCGGGGUUUAAGUUCUGCUGGGGAGUUUUUAGCUGGUUGGAAAAAAAGUCAAAAUAAAUGUCUCUGAUGUCUGAAGCCUCCUCUUGAUUUAUAAAAGGAAAUGUGAACCGUCAGCAAAGUAAUGGAGAUAUUUCUUUAACAAGUGAUGUUGGCAACACUUUACACAAACCCACCACUAUAAGGCAUUAUGAGCAGGUUUAUAUACGUGUUUAUAGGGCUUUAUAACAAUCCUUCUAAGUGAUUAUAUAUAUUCGUAACUAAUAGCAACUAAUAGCACUAAUGUUUGAGAAGUGUUAUAGGCUGUGAAUGUAAUUUCUUUUGAAUGUAUGAUUUAUAAUGUAUCGUACCAUUGUGCAAAGCUAUUAAUGGUGUCCAUUGAAUUCUGGGUUUUUAACUUAUUAUAACUUCCAUCAAAGUUAUUCAGUUAUCUAAAAAUAGGCCUCUAAUCAGGGUGACCAGAUGUCCCCAAUUUCUGGGGACUGUCCCCGUUUUAGAAGACAUGUCCCCGGCUAAAGCUGUCCCCGGAAAUGUCCCUGAUUUCAGCGUUUCACAAAUGAGGGAAAAAAAUGUUGUGUGUAGAUUAGAAGAAUGGUUAUUACAGUAGCGGGGCCGGUCAAAAGCAUCAGUGAGCAUGUAGCGCGCAGUCAUGAACAACAGUGUUAUUACGAGGGGGUUAACAAGUAUCAGAAUCAGAAAUACUUUCGUUACAGUACUCCAGUGCAAAUAGAGUAAAAUUAAAAAGAGUAAAAACAGUAAAAGAGGAGAUAAAUAGUAGAUAAAGUAGAAGAUAAAAUAGAUAAAAUAAGUAAAAAUAUAGAGAUAAUAUACAAGUAUUUUCACUAUAAACAACACAAAACAAAUAGUGACAUUGUAUGCAUAGUAGCAGGUUGUAGUCUGUGAUCACAUAGCCACUCUUGUAGAUGCGAACAACUGAAAGAUGUUUGCUGUGUUAUUUCAAACACUCAUCUUUUUGUGUGUGAGUAUGUGUAUUUGAAGACACAUUAAUACUGUGUGUUGACAUCAGGAAGAAUAUAUUCUAGGUGUCUCUAUCAUGCUUCUAAAAUCACUUGUUUAGCUUGAAGGGCAGAUUGUAAAGGUCAUAUCUGCAUGUGUGUCUUUUUGCCAAAGGUUUUACCUUCUUGAUAAUGAAAAUGGAAAGUGGCAGCUGUCUCUACGUCCAUCAAGGUAUGUGCAAGUGUUUUUUGAUUUGAACAUGUCAAGACCUUCACAGCGCACCUGUCAUACUUUCCAGCUGACUUUCACCCUGCCUGUAGGCUAAACCCAGAGCAAGCCAAGCCGGCGAAGGACCCGGAGGUUUUGUCUAUAGAAAACCUGCACGAAGGUCAGAUCAUCAGAGGUUACGUCAAGUCUGUGGGAGAGCAGGGAAUUUUCAUCAGGUACCUGAGCAAUACUCAUCUAGAUCUUCAUGAAAUACAUAUAAAUAGACAAAAUGUUAUUUAUCAGUAUAAUUAAGUUUCAUGUUCUUCAAGUUUAUGGAGACGUCUUUAUGCCUUUCUUUUCUAGAUUAUCAAGAAACAUCACAGGAAGAGCUCAACUUCAGCAGUCCACAACUUACUUUGUCAAGAACUCUGAUGUCCUUUCAAAACACCUGCCUCCAAACAGCCUGCUCACGACCAAGAUCAUCAGGUACAGAAAGCUCAGAUAACUAAAUGUUUGUAUUUAAAAACAGAGGAAUGGAAAGGUAAAGGUGAAUUCAUCAAACAAACAUCCAGAAUUAGAUUUAAACAAAAGAGAGGAAGAAUCAGGCCGUACCGCUGAUGGUGUCCGAUGAGUGCAAUAUGGUCACAGCGUCAUUUUCAGUCUGCAUCUCUUUCUAUUUUUGUCCCAGUAUCAACAGAGAGGAGGAGUUUGUCAACCUGUCUCUGCUUCCAGCAGACACCGGGAAGCCAGACAUCCUCCCAGAGUCUCUGGGUCUGCCUCUGCGUCUGGUUGGAGAGGAGAAGGUGAAAUAUGAUAAGCUCAAGAAGACCAAACGCAAAGUGUCUGAGAGCGAAGGGGUAAGAAACCGUGCAAAGAUCUCUCUUUUCUUUUCUUCCCUCAGUAAACAAGGACAGUACUCGAUAAAGGGAAAAGCACCACCACGUGGAUCGAUAGAGGCUUUAGUUAUCAGUCAUUCAUUAUCAUUUGGGUGAACAGUUAUGAAUUCUGCAUUGAUCACAGCCUCCAUUUAAAACUCUCUCCAUAUCCGUAGUUUUUCUGAAUUAUUGUUUACCUGACUCUUCAUGACGGUCUUCACUGUUGUUUCAUUUACUAGAAACAAGCAGAGGAGGAGGUCCCAAAGAAAAAGAAGAAAACGAAGAAAACAAAGACCGAUGACAGCGACAGCGGGGUGGAGGUGUACUUCAGAGAAGAAGAGGAUGAAGAGGAUAAAAAAUCCACAUCUGUUAAAGUAAGCAGAUGGACUUAAGCUUAGGGUUUUCAUACGUAAACAAACCUUCCUAGAUCAAGCACAGUAUUCAGAUUUUCACAACAUGAAUACAUUUUGUCUUAGCAGGUGUCUCAAAGCCCAGCAGGUCCAUCCAGACUGCAAGUAGCAGCAGGUUUCUCCUGGGAUGUGGGUCUCAGCUCUCUGAGGCCUGCCUCUGCUGCUCAGGGAAACGACUCAAGUGACGAGGAGGACCAGGAAGGAAAAGUCAAGGUGAGCGGACUACAACUUCUUCCUGUGUCUCUCUCUUGAUGUAAGCAUCUACCGUCCUCUGACCCAUGUCCUGCUCUCCUUUGGCAGCCCCAGAAGAAGUCUCGCCAUGAGCUGGAGCAGGAGAAGAAGGCAGCGGAGAAGGCCUUGGUGCAGAGAGAGGUGGAGCUGAUGGAUCCAAGCCUGCAGCCUCAAGAUGCAGCGGCCUUCGAGCGUUUGAUUCUUGCUUCUCCCAACAGCUCUCUACUUUGGCUCCAGUACAUGGCUCACCAUCUGCAGGCCACUCAGAUCGAGCAGGCUCGUGCUGUGGCUGAGAGGGCCCUCAAAACUAUCUCCUUCAGGUGAUACAUACUAUGAAUAAAAAUAAGUUAAUUUUACAACAAGAGCAGCUGAAGUUUUCUGCAGAGACAAUCAUACAGCAGCAGAAGUAUCAGUAUCUGUUACUGUCUUUUGUUCCUGGACGGGACUGUUUUAAUAAGUUUGAGACAAAGUUAAUCAAAAAGUAUCUCUCUGUCUUUUGCUGAUGGUCCCAGGGAGGAGCAGGAGAAACUCAAUGUGUGGGUUGCCCUUUUGAACCUGGAGAACAUGUAUGGCACAGAGGAAAGCUUGAAGAAAGUGUUUGAGAGGGCGCUGCAGUUCUGUGAGCCCAUGCCGGUCUACCAGCAGCUGGCAGACAUCUAUGCAAAGUCUGAGAAGAUCAAGGUGGGAUGUUUUUUUGUUUUAGUUAUCACUCUCUUUCCUCAGUGACAUAGCCAAGUCAUUUUUUUUAAGACUGUUACAAAAUCCUAUUUUUUGUCACAGUAAUGUCAACAUGGCUUUCACUGUGUUUACAUCCAGGAGGCUGAGGGCUUGUAUAAGACGAUGGUGAAGCGUUUCCGUCAGAUGAAGGCGGUGUGGCUGAGCUAUGGCACCUUCCUGCUCCAGCAGGGUCAGAGUGAGGCGGCUAGUGCUCUCCUGCAGAGGGCGCUGAAGAGUCUGCCCUCCAAAGAAAGUAAGAUGACCUGUCGAAACAUUUGAGGCAUAGUGCUUGUUUGGUUUUUUAGACUAUACACCCACCAGUGACCACAGCAAGCAUGUCCUCCUCUAGAUGUUGUCACUGAUUCUGCUGCCAUGACUCAGCUGUGUCUCUCCAUUGAUUUUUUUUAACUUUAUACACAUUGAAUUGCUUCCCCUCAGGUGUGGAUGUGAUCGCAAAGUUUGCUCAGCUGGAGUUCCGUUAUGGGGACGCAGAGAAAGGUCGCACCAUGUUGGAUAAAGUCCUUACAAGCUAUCCUAAACGUACAGACCUCUGGUCCGUCUUCAUCGACCUUAUGGUCAAACAUGGAACACAAAAGGACGUCAGGUAAGCGGUAGCCUUUUAACUUCUACAUGACCCCCAUUGUCCUCUAUAACGGCUUUUUUUUUUCGAGCUUUUUCUGUUAACUUAAAAAGUUAUCAAAUUAAACUUGUCCACCUCAACAUUUUUACAUGAUUAGUGACAUCUUAACAACAGGAUGAGAGGUGUAAAAACUAAUUUUACAAUCACAUGGAAUUGUUCAUUAUAAUUUCUGACUUCUGUCCCUUGCAGGGCGCUCUUUGAUCGAGUGAUCCACCUGAGUGUUGCCGUGAAAAAGAUCAAAUUCUUCUUCAAGCGCUACCUGGAGUAUGAGAAAAAGCACGGCACCCCAGAGAGCAUCCAGGCAGUCAAAGAGAAGGCCAUGGAGUUUGUGGAAGCGAGAGGAACAGAGGCGGCCAACUCAUGAACAAACACACACUUCUGUAAACAUUAUGUAUAGGUGUGGACUGUCAUGUGCUGAAUUGGAUCUGAGCCUCAGCUUUUGGAAAAACAUGGGGUGGAUUUUUGGUGCUUGCACAGGUCCUUCCAUGGUGAUCCACCUUAGCUUGUUGUUUAGCUUUUUUAAUUGUUGCGGUCUGGAGACUGAAAAUUCAGUCUGAUGUUAUAACGACUCAUGGAAUGGUGACUGUAAUCUUUAUCAAAUGUUAAAAUGAAAGAAGUAUUUAACAUGUCAGCCUUUACAUUAAAGCAGAUUUUGUAGGAGAACAGGUGUGAGCUUGAAACAACUGAUGUGAUAUCUUUAACUUUAGUGAUUUUUUCUUUAUUCCUGAGGGGCCUUUUUUGACCUCCACCAACCUUUGAAUAAAUCCGAACUCCAUUACAGUAUUACAUAUGUGACGUGACGUUUUAUUUAAAAGCAACAAAUACAAAAUAACAAUAUAUAGGGACAUGUUUACAUACAAUACAUACAGGCAAGACUAGUUUUCUAUCAGUCUCUUUCUUUAAAAAGGGAAGGGCUGGGGUCACAGUUGGUAACAAUAUCGUCUACUUAAUUGUCAUGGUUGUUAUCCCGCUGGUCUUGUGUUCAGCCAGAGAUUGUGGCUAGCUCUGACUGCUGGAGAAUUUCACCUACAUUGGCAGUAUCAAAGAUGCAUGUGUGGCACAGGGUUAUUGGGUGACUGAUAUGGUUUGUGCUGGCUGUAUUGGUAACACCCCUGAGAUAUUAGAGGUAUCCAUACUGAUCCUGUACUCUGAUGUCCUGCUCAGAGCCGUUGUGUUGGUGGUCUCUGGCAGUGCUGCACCAGUCAUCCAUGACAGUGGCAAUGAUUUCCUGCUCUCUAAUGCGGCUCCUUUAAUCUGUUUAGUGGUGAACAGUGCAAUAUGGAAGGAGAAGUUGGAGCAGUUUUAUGAAAAGGUCCUGUUCAUCCACCCUCUCCCUGACUGGUCUGACCAAAUCGUUUUGGUUCUGUCACUAUGCAAGUCUUACCAAGGCAUAUUGGUAAAAGGUCAGCAGCAGGGCAGCCACUUGGGAUCAUUUUCAACAUUUCCUGUGAGAUGUGUUAAAGAUGACCGCUGUUCAUCAUCCUUUGCAUGUUUGAUGUGUGUUUUCUGAAAGGAUAAGUUCCUCUUAGUUGUUUCACACCUCCUCUGGGUCCAGUGGGCCCUCAGCACCCUGGGGCGCAUCAUUAUGGAGCCGGAGGAUGGGCUUGUUACACAUGGGGCACACGCUGCGGAUCUCCAGCCACUUUAGCAGGCACCUGAAAGUACAAUACCAGUCACCACUUGAAUUACAAUCUAACGUGAGACUCUCGUUUUCAAGGCAUAACUUCAACUGUCUAAAUCAACAUUUUUAUUGUAAAAAAAGUAACAAUUUAAAGUGUCAUAACUAAGUCAGGGGGGUUCUUUUACAGAGUCAAGAAACUUACAUGAAACAAUUCUAAGGUGCCUUUAGAUUCAAUAUUAAUAUUGACGGUGGGCCCUAAAUUUCCUCUAGCUGAAAGCGGUGAAGCCAAAGUACAGCCUUGAGGGGCACUGACAAUAUGUGGUGGGGUCAUAAUUUGAGGCAUGGUUUCUCUGCUCAUUCAAAAUUACUGCAGGAGACUGUCUUGGUUUUUUAUGUUUCACAAUUAAAUGACCAAAACUUGACCUCUGAGAGAGGAACAUGCGACAUGAACCAGCAUGUACUGAUAUGACGGACAGAUGUGUAUUUUAAUGUAUUAGUUUGACUCCAUUUCCAUCCAUCAUAAAAGACACUGCAGCCAGUUACUAGGGGAGCUCUAUUUGACUUCACUUUUGAGAGCUGCUGUGCUGUCCAUGUAUUUUUAUAGUCUAUGGGUGCACUCUUAACAACAUUUCAAAAAAAAAAAAAAGCUCUCUAUCACUAUUCAGUACCAAACAUCUAAAAAAAAACAGCCUUCUUCUAUACACCAAAAAGUAACAAUCAAAAAAUUGUGGUGAAUUAUUCCAAAGUUCAUAUAUGUAAUGUCAUAACGGCUACUGAUAUCAUAUCACUAGAUGCCUCACAACCCAUAUAAGACAACAACAGCGCAUACAUCAAGAGACCGCCACCAUCUUGGUGGUCUUGACGCAUCCGAAGCAGGGUCGUGAGGCAUCUAGUGAAAUGAUAUCUAUGGCCACAGCUACUCUAACCUGUGUCUUAAAGUAUGAAAAAACUAGACAGCUCAUUACAUUAAUACUCAUUCAUUAAGUCCAUACAGAGUUAGACAGAACUUGUGGUUAUUGUCCAGACUUUUGUCUUGCCCUCAAGUAAAGAUGGCCUUAUAAACAAUGUGGUGUUGCCAAGCAACAAGUGGAGAGUGUUAGCUCUUCUCUCUUAAUGCUAAGCUAACAAUUGAAGAUUUUGUUGUAGCCUACAGACAUAAAUGUCGUAUCCUUUUUUGUCAUAUACUCAGCCAGGGGCAAAUGUGUUUUUCAAACUGUUAAUUUCAUCUUAUUACUUUUCCCUAUAUAUUUUUCCAGUUGGGUACUUACUUCUUGUGAAAUGCAUGUGAGCAAGGGCAUACACCAAGUUCAUCUCUGGUCCUGAAUUCCUCCAAACACACGGCGCAAGUUUGCUGCAAAAACAGGAAUUACUGCAAGGUCAGUCUGAGUAGGACCAAAAAUAUCAGCAAGGUGUUUUAUGUCUUUUACUUCUCCUCUCUGAGACAAAGUUUUUUCCCUGCUGCGUUAGCCUUCUUUUUUUCUGCUUUGAUUUUCAACAAUGAAGCAAAAGUCAAAGUAAAGUGGCACUUGAAGCUGUAUAUAAAUUCAAUUGAACUUUAACUAGGAGCAUUACACAAUAUGCAAAUUCUGAGGUAAAAUGAUAGUUUUGUCCUGUCUAUCUAUUUUUACCUGUCACAGGAAUAAACUUAUGCUUGUAGCAACAAAAGAAGAAACUAAGAAAAAAAUAAAAUUACCCCUAACAACCACAGUUACCUUGGGAGAACAGUGGCGUUACUUAAAAAGCAAUCACAGAACACAAGACCUUUUUAUAAUGCAUUUUGAAUGAGAGCAGUUAUUUCUGGAGCCCUACAUUUUACAACAUAGUGAGAGCCAAGCAGGCACUCACUGUGUUCAAAAGGCUGCGAUCAAGAAACAAGAUAUUUUUAGGACUCAGUUUGUGUGGCAACUAGAUCAAAUACAAGAUAAGAAAUUUAUGAUGUUUAUCAACCCGAUCACCCAGGCACUGGAUGCAGAAAAGAAGCAGCAUGUGCGUGCAACAGUAGGUCUGUAAGCUGCAGAGAUUUUACACAUGUGAAACAUGAGAGGAUGUUUUGCAGAAAGACAGACUUACUCCUAGGAGGCUGAGUUUCUUGC